AUGAUUGUUCAAACUAUCCUUGUUAAUUUGUGGUUCAUCUCAGUAUAUUCCACUCACAUAGGGAAAAUCAAAUACAAACUUGAACAAAUGGAACAAAUGAAUGGUGCUGAUGGUAGGGUUGGCCUUCAACAUGCAUUAAGAAGUGAUUUGGAAGAUAAUAAAUUGGCUGAUGGUGGUGAAUCACUCACCAAGUCUAACUCUCAUCUGGUCAGAAAAUGUACCAAAGUAAGACAUUUUCUGGAAGACUUAAUUGAGGUUUCUCAUUCACAAGAUUCUCUUAGCAGUCAUUUCAAAAAUAAUAAAAUAUUCUUGGCUAAGAAUCAUGCAAUUUGA